GCCGCGGGCCCCGCCGCCCUGGGCCGCGGCGACGACGCCUGCCCGCCCGGGCUCCCGGCCCAGCUCGGCCUCCGCGGCGACGGCAGCGACGCGGAGGCCCCGCAGGCGACCGACCAGAGCCGCUCCUGCGGCGCCGACGGGCCCGCGGCGGCGCCCCCGCCGCACGAGGGGAGCGCUGGCGCCGCGCUGGGGCCGGAAGUUCCAUGCGCCCCGUUCGCCGGCGUGCCCGGCGAGGGGCAGUGGGUGUGGUUCCCCGCCGAGGUCCCCGCUGCGGGCUCCAGCGCCUUCGAGCCCGCGCCGGGCUGGGCCGGCGGCCAGUGGCCCGGCGCCAGGUCGAGGAGGCCGGGCUUCCGCAGCCGCCACGCUGCGGUCGUCCAUAAGGCGUUGCAGGCGCUGGAGAGGCCGUCCCCCCAGCUGGCCAGCAAGAUGGGGCCCGACGGGUCUGUGUCCAUCAACACCCUCUUCGCGGCGAGCGCGCGGCUGUCGGAGUCGUGCUGGCACAACCCGGAGCAGCUGGUCCUCGCGAUCAAGAAGACGCCCGAGAGUCACCAGUUCAUCACCGCAGACAAGGUCAAUCUGACCGUCCGCGCGUUGUCGCAUUCGGAGCGCGUCUGCGUCCAGUGCGAGGACUAUCUGCUGGAGAGGCAGCAGCUGGUGGCCGGGCCCGCGCCCAUCUGGGAGUUACUCCAGCACCCGCCAGUGCAGGUCUACGUGGCGACGGCGGGGGCAGGCGCCUCCGCCUCAUCGGACAGCGAUUACGCCAACGCUGCCGAAGUCGUCGCGCAGGCGCUGGCAGAGUCGACGAUGCUGGAGGUCUCGGUGGAUGAGUCUGGGGAGCACUUCGUGGUGUUGCUGCCCCCCUCGGAGCCGCUGCGCGCAGUGGUCAAGCCCCUGCUCGAGAGCGACGAGAAGCUCAUCGCCCUCCUGCGGAACGAGGGCGAGGUGUCGCUGGCGUUCCUGGCAGAGCACCCCAGCGUCCGGAUCGCGCUGGCGCGCCUAAAGGUGGACGACAAGCAGGCCAUGCUGACGUGCCUGCAGGCGGCCGUGGAGCCGUUGGAGGGCGUGGAAUUCGACGCGUCCGGGAUGAGUUUCUCCCGGCCGUCGGCGCUUCCCGACGCGGGCCAGGCAGCGCCUGGCCAGGGCAAGAGGCGCCAGAAGAGGUGGCACCCAGAGGAGAAGGACGUGAAGAAGCUCAGGGACCACUUCUCGUUCUACUUCGACGAGUUCAAUCUGCAGCACAACAAGGUUCUCAUGGCCAGGAUGGAGUGCCUCCGCGACAAGGAGGCCCAGCGCCCCUUCUUCCGCCUCUCCGACGUGAGCCGCCUGCCGCGCAUCGAGGCCGUCCUGUCCCGCUACGACCAGGAAGGCGUCGGCUGGCUCCUCGAGGCCGUCUUCCAGGCCAAGGGGCGCCUGCCGGUGCGCCUGUCCUGGAGGAGCGACCGCGGGGAUCGGCGCUCGGGGCACUGGCAGGGGGUGCAGUCGCAGCCCGUGCUGGAGCUGGCCUACGCGCCGCGGCUCCGGCACCUCGAGUUCGUCCGCAGGGGCCCAGACACCGAGUUCCUCCUGAGCCCCGGCGCCAAUCCGACGGAUGCCAGCGGCGACCACCCGCUUCACGUGGUGGUCAUGGUCUCGUACUCCGUGUCGUCUGACCUCUCGCACUCCCAGUCGCCGAAGGCAAGGGACAUCCAGGAGCAGAUCAUGAAUGGCGAUGCGGACCCAAACAUGUUGGAUUGGGAAGAGAGGCAGAAGAAGCUGGUGCGGCAGCUCAGGAUGCACAAUGCUGAUGUAAUAUGUCUCCAGGGCGUCCAGAGUGUUGGCUUCAAAGAGCGCAACAGCGAAGCGGAUCCAGAAUGGUUCACUUGCGACGACGAGCCGGCAAACAACCAUUUGGCGCACUUGUAUCGGGACCUGAGCAAGGCGAACUACGGCAUCGUCUUCGCGCCAGUCAUGCAGAUGCCGUCGAGCUCCGCCCUUUGCCUCGGCAACGCGAUUCUGUGGAAGCGCAACCGGUGGCACAUGCACGCCUUCUCGGAUGUCUUCCGGACCGCCGUGGUGGCGGUGCUGAAAUCGAAGGUCGGCGGCCCGCCGCUGGCCGCGUGCAGCUACAAGCCGCCCGACGUGUGGGCGCAGGACUGGAACGAGCGCAUCCCGGCCUCCGAGCUGCUCCUGCCCGCCACGCGUGCGCAGGACUGUCGGCUGGG